UGAUGAGUGUACUAUGUGUCUGAGUCAUGUACACAUGAGAGUGCCACGCGUUUUGUGACGUAUACGUCAACCGACGUCACCACACUCACGACGACGCAUGGCAAUGUUGCCCACCCCCUGCUCGUCUCUCUUGGCCGCUGUGACUGUUCUCUUCCCUGCCGAAAUCUCCGAUACCACGAGCUCGGUCCCAGGGGAUUCUCCUGCCCCAUGUGAUCCUCACUAUAGUCGUAUCUCUGUGCGAGAACUCCAACAACGUGCUGGAUGCCGGCUGGUGUUUGCCCCUUGCGGUCCAGGGCACACCAACAGCGGCAGAGCACUGAACCGUCAUCAUGGCCAUCACAAAACUCCUGACCCUCCUGGUGGUAGCGGCUUGCAAACGAUAAGUACUCGAGCGCCAUCGACAGCUGGUGAUGCGCGUAGGCGAGCGGUGAACGUGCGGGGUCGGCAGGCGAACAUGCCUGCUUGUCAAGAGCAAGCAGGCUGGCGUCUUCAGCAGACCUCCGCACGGCAUCCGCACUUGUCGCCUGGUGCCGGCUCGACGCCACCAUUGGCGAUGAUCCGCACACUCUGAUCUCCUUUAGUCUGACGGUAGCCUCCCAAUCGCAGUUGGUGUUGAAUCGUGUGCGGUCACGGAGACAGACGAAGGCCACGUCGGCAGCCUCGAGACAGUGUGAACUGUCCUCUCCCGCGGGCAGCAGGCGACACGGGCUUGGUCUAGUGCAAACGCAGCCCUCCACCAUCCUCGCGACUGUAGGCAGAUCCUCUAGCACUGCAACCAACCACACACCCAGACAGACAGACAGACAGACAAUACACGACGGUGAAAGCGUCCAUCUCGUCUCAUCCAUCUCGCUUACGGAAUGUGCCGUAUCCGCCGGUCCUGGCGGAGCCCUGUCGACAGCCCAGAUUAAUGUCAAUCAUGUCAGCAAAGGGCUUCAGCGCCUUGGCGGUUUCGAUGAAGUGUGCCGUGGAGUUGCCGCAGAGCUGCACACUCAGAGAAUGGUCGUCCACCAACUGAACAUCUGAUCAAUUGGAAUGGCGAGAGUCGUGCAGUCAGGUGUGUGUUCCUGGUGCCUUACUUGCAUCACUCUGUCCAUGAUAUUGGGAUACUCGAGCACAAUCCUGCUGUGCACCAUCGGCCUGCACGGCAAAUCUGCACAAGCAACCCACACCAGAAACAAGCAACGCAGAGAGGAAUGCGCUGACAACAAUUCGCGUUUGCUGCCCAGCGUACCCACGCCGUAUUUUCUGGUCAUCAUGCGGAAGGCUGCCUCGCUUUGCAAAACCAUCGGCGAACAGACAUACCGCGGCGACCCCAGAGAUGUUCUCCACACGUCCCAGGAAGAUUCGCCGUCCAUCGCAGAGAAGCUGCGCCGAGACAACCUCUUGCGCCUCUUGCGAUGCAGACAGGGCGCUGUUUGUCACAGAUCUCGGCUCGUCAGCUCACGAGGCUGGGACGAACAAUGAACAAUGAACGCUUCAGAAUCUGAACGGGGAAGAGCAAGCAGGACACACAGCCAAACUCAUCCAAUAGCUCCG